CAUCUCGGUGGAGUUAGUCAACUGACAUAAGCAGAAUUCCGGCAACAACAGCGUUCAAGAGGCUGCUUCUGGUGACGACAUUCUGCAUGGCUCCAUCACGAUCACCUCAUCGCCAACAAAUAAUUCCACGACGGAGAAGUUGCUCUAGCAUCAGGCGCCCGGUGUGUCUGUCACGGCUACAGAUACCCUCGGUGUACGCAUGUCGUGCACGAGUGGUGUGGUGCGUGAUAGAAAGCCGGGCGACUGUCCAUGUGCCAGUGUCGUUGAGAUUAAUCUCAAAGUGAAAGCAUGCCGAUGCAAUGGGGAACCAAUUGAUCGCCAACCAAUGCCCCAGGGGGAUUCUCCGGCACGAGAUUUUAUUGCCGUUGACCUCGUGAGUGCCGUCAACAAGGAAAUCCGGGAGAAGAUGCGCGUGAAUGUUCCCGGAGACCGAAGACGUGUACUCGUACUCAAGCUCACCGAUGUUACGGUACGCUGUGGCGGCGGAAUGUCUCAUGAGCUGCAAUUUGCCAAUGGGACAAAGCACUUUGUAUCCAAGGGGGAUUCACUGAAAUUCACAAUGAAGGAAUCCGAUGUGAUUUGCUCAAAGACAAAUCGAGCAAAGGACAAAGGAAGCGCCCCCAAGGGUGGUGGUGAGAGCAAGAAGAAGUCCAUCCGGAAGGUGCUUAAGAGUCAAAAGAGUGAAGAUGGGAAGAUGUACAGCAAAUCCGUCGAUGAUGUAACACUCGGUAGCAAGAAAACCCUCACAGUGGAAAGUGACGGAAAAAUUCUCUCCAAGUCCGUUCAGGAUCUCUCCGAGGAGAGUCAUUCGGAAUUCAGCGAUAUGAAUUCCAUUGAGCUCAUCAUAAUCUCCGAUGAAUUCCUCAAUGAAACCACCAAGCAGGAAGUGAUCAUUGUCAAUGAUCGCAAGGAUAUCGAGUCCCGCCGUCAGAAGUUAGCUGUGAAGGAUAAACCGAAGCGCGAUAAAUCCCCCAAAGAAGUAACGAGGAAAUCAACGACAAAUCAAUCUCGACGCCGGCUUGUCAUUAUUUCGGAUGAGUACAAGAAGAAAUCCCUCGAGAAUAAGACAAUCGUGGUGACAAAAGGAAAGUACGACAAUGCACCGAAGAAAGAUGAAGCACCAAAGAAGAAGCAAGAAAAAUCCAUCGCGGAUGCCGUUGGUGAGAUCAACAGCAAGAUCAUCUCGUGCGUCCUCCAGAGCUAUGAAGAACCUGAAGCUGCAGUGCUGGAGAAUAAGGAUAUCAAGCAAAAUAACACAGACACACAUCCGUCCUGCUAAAAGGACCUACCCGCCAUCUUAGAAAGGUCACCGAACUAACGUUUACACCCCACACCCAACAUCUCCUUGUGUUUGUUUGUUUGUUUGCGUAUCGAGUGUCAGAGAAUCCAGAGACAAGUGCUAAAAGACCAAGGAAAUCAUUUUUUUUAUUUAAGUGUUGUGCUCAUUUACGGACAAAAACUCUUCUAUUGACAAUCUUAAUUAAGUUUGUAUAGUUUCUUAGCUCAUGUUUAGCUUAAAGUGGUUUAUAUUGUAAGAUUUUUAAUUAGUGAGGUCAGUUCUAAAGAUAAUUCGCGAGAUUUUUUUUUAGUUAAAAGACUUCCUGUUUCAGAUUCAGCAGAUUUAUUGGGAAUCCUACGUUGCAAAGUAAUAAGGUUUUUAAUUAGUUUCAAGAAUACUUUUAAUGAGAAAUUUAAACUUUAUACUACUUGCAGAUUUGGUUAGUUCUAGCAGUUUUUUUUUCUAUCUAUAAACGGUCAGAAAGUUUAUUUUAAAGGUUUUACACUCUCAGUGGUUUUGAAUAAGCCAAGACGUUUAAUUGACAGUUCUUAUUGUUAUAAGAUUCUGCUAGAAAAACUGCUAGAAUUUGUCAAUUUCAUAUGUUUCAAGAUAUAUGAUGUUUGAUUUGUAAUAAAUACUUACUUCGCAGUUCUCUAAUGUAAAACUACUAGAAUUUUUCAAAAUUGUGCAACUUGGAAAAUUCUUGCAGUUUUCUUAUAACUGGAUUGAACGUUAAAGAAUUUUCAGCUUCAAUUCAACUUUUAGUCUAACUUACAGAUUUUUUAAUAUGAAAUUAUAGUAGAAAGAAAAACUGCUAGAAUGUUCCAUUUUACUACACAUUAAUUCUUUUGGGACUACUGAACAUCCUAAAAUAAAUGGAUUAUUAUUAUUGUAAAUUUCAAUUGAUAAAAAACUGCUAGAAUUAGUCUGUCACUAAAGUCCUAAGCUAAUGCGUCUAGCAGGCUUCAACGUGUUAACCAAUAAAUCUGCUUUUUUUUUCUGAUUCGUCCUUCUGAGCUGAUCUGUUUCUUUUUGUAAAAUAACUAUUUCUUAAAUUCUUUCAAAAAGGUGAUCUUAAAGAAAAUCCCACGUUCCAUGUGAAUAGAGAAUCUUCCAUUUUGUGCAAUAUUUGCCCAAUUUAUUUCGUUGCAAUUUUUAUCGCAAUUUUUUCUUACACAAACACACAUCAAGUAGAUCUGAAGGUAAAAGAAAAGAGAUAUAAAUCUUUGUUAUUUGAUUGUAUAUUUAGUAAAAAAAAAAAUAUCGUGUUUCCAAAUGCUUUUGCUCUUACAGAAUAUUCCCACAAUUUUCUCGUCUUGCUUUAGAAGAGCAAUUUUCUGCUAUUCUUUUCCAACUUUUGUACAUACUUUCACUGUUUAAUUGCAAUAAGGAAUUUUAUUUAAUUGCCAAUGGGGAGGUGCAGUGGCGUGCAAAAGCGUUGUUAAUCAUCCCACCAAAGGGGGGUGAAUAAAUUAACGUGAUAGCGCAUUUUAGGUCUCUCACAGAGAAAUUCUUGAGGUUUUUUUUGUGAGUUUCUUGCCAAGAUGUUGAUGUUUUCUUUAUAUAAAUCUAUUUGAAUUGUUAAAAGAAUUUUUUGAAAAUGCCAAUUUUUGCUGUGAAUUUUGGCGGCAUUUUUAAAUUAGUUUUUAAACGAUAUUUUUUUGUUUUGGUUAAAAAAUUCAAAAUGGUGGACUUUCUGUUUUGAAAAUAAAUUGCACGUCGCUGCAAUGAAAGUGAAGAAAUUAAAUCACAAAAUGGAGGGCCGGUGUCCCUCGGAAAAAAAUGCUUAAGACUGUAAAAUGUAUCAAAAGGAACAAAAUUUAGUAGGUGAAUUUUAAAAAUCUCUGGGAAUUUAGUAAAUUUGCAGAAUUAUUAAAAAGAAAAAUUAAACACACAUUUUUAAUAGUUUUAGUGUUAAGAAAAUUGAGGAGAAGCACAAGAAUUAUGAGAGACAGAAAAGGUGCUAAUGGUGUUUGUUUUUCCGAAGAAAAUUGCUAUGAAAAGACCAUCAAAGAAGCAUGCGUUUUUCUUUUGACUGCAUAGAAGAUUUAAAAAUUAUAUAUAAAAGAAAUUUAAAUCGUAGAUUGAAAUUUAAAAAAAUUAAACAAUCAUUGUAAUUGAAAAGAAAAUCAUGAUAAAAGAUGUAAUCUGGUAAAUUGCAUUUAUAACAAAAAAAAAUCAGUAUAUGAUGUAGAUUAAAAUUAAAUAUUAAACACAUUUUUAGAGUCCAAACUAAUUGCGAAAAGUUCUUAUUUUAUAGUUAGAAUACAUAGGUAUAUAUUAUAUUAUACAUAAUUAUUAAAAAAAAAACCGGAAGAUGCUCAUUUAGAGCGGAAAUGUGAAUGUUAAAUUUAGAAAAGCGCAAGGCAGAGAAAAGCAGGCAGCAGGAGGACCUGAGAGGAAUUCUUUCCGGAAGCGUCUUGUAAAUCAAUUAUGAUUCAAUUCAGGAUGCAAAAAACUAAACAAUUUCUAUGGACUGAUAAACAAUUGAAUUACCAACACAUCCGGGAUGAAUUCCCGUCCUUUUUAUUGCUUCGUUCUCUUUAGAGAAAAUAAAACAAUUAUGAACCUUUUAAAAAAAUCUUCCAUUUUGCAGGUUAUGCGUGGGUAGACAUUUUUUUUAUUUACACAGCUGUGGCGUCAAAAUAUCAAAUUGCGGCGAACACUGCAACUUACACCUUCGUCGGCCAUAUUGAUAAUUAAUUUUUUUUCCAAAUUCUUACGUUUUUCGUUACAAUUCUGAGUGAAUUCUUUAAAUAAUUUAUCAUUUUUCUCCGUUUUCACACAAAAACAAAAAGUUUUCUACCCAGCAUUUAGCUUGUUUUAAUUGUAAAAGACAAAAAGAGUCCAUCAUGUUGUAGAGAAGAGCAAAAGGAAGAGAGAAGGGGAAAGAAAAAUGUGAAGAAAUUGUAUGUAAAACAUUUAUUAGUUAAUAUAACAAGUAAAAUAUAAUAUGGAAUAGAUUGUA